GCGUUCUUGGUUAGCUUGCUAUUGCCGAAGAUUUCCACUCGGGUUCCCUCAGCCCUGGUGGCGAUCCUCCUCGGCACAGCUUUCGAGUGGGCCAUCGCCCGCUGCGCUUUUGACACGCAGACGCCGAUCGUCGGAGACAUUGCCAGCCAGUGUGACUUCCCGAUCCCGUUCUGGUUCAACAGUAUCUACCAUCCGCCGGCCUUCAGCAAGGAGCUGCUGCUGAAGGUUUUGCCCCUCUCCGUGACAAUGGCG